GCGUGGAUGCGGCGGGCGCAGAACACACUGGGGCGCAACGCGACUCAGAAACAGAAAGCAGCCGAACCCACGAGCCGAAACACCCGAACUCAGCCCGUCGUUCACCGGUACGUCCUGCCUGGAUGCGCAUCGCUCGUACGGGCAACUCCCUCAUAGAAGUCGGAGUUUCUUGAAGCGAAUGAGGAUCACGUUACGGAUGAGAAGGCGGUCGUCAUGGUGAUGAAUGAUGUUCCGAAAAGUCAAGAAGCGCCACAGCAGCAGCAGCUCUCAAAGCAGUGAGAUCAGCACUAAGAGCAAGUCAGUUGACUCCAGCUUGGGAGGACUCUCCAGAUCCAGCACGGUCGCCAGCCUUGACAACGACUCCGGCAAGGGUGCAGGGAACGUGCCAUCAGAGGCAUGCACUGAGUUCAGGGUGAAGUACGUUGGGGCCCUCGAGCAGCUGCACUUUGACAUGAGCCGGGCCCUUCAGGAGCCCCUGGACCUCAUAAACUACAUCGACGCAGCACAGCAAGAUGGGAAGCUGCCGUUUGUUCCCGGUGAGGAGGAGAUGAUGCUGGGGGUGUCCAAGUAUGGAGUCAAAGUGGCCUCGCUGGACCAGUGUGACGUGCUGCACCGCCACCCUCUGUACCUGAUCAUGCGCAUGUUGUGCUACGACGACGGCCUGGGGGCGGGGAGGAACCUGCUGGCGCUGAAGACCACCGACGGGCAGCAGGAGCACUGCAGCGUCUGGGUGUACCAGUGCAGCUGUGCGGAGCAGGCCCAGUCCAUCUGCAAGGUCCUGUCAGCCUCUUUCGACUGCGCCCUGACGUCAGAGAAGUCCUGAUUCAGGUUACAGGCGACCUUUGACCCUCAGCCCGGUCGGACUCUUCAAAGGUCAUGUUCAGGUUGUUUAACAAUAUCCGGCUCCCUGUUUUCUUCUCACAUUGUAAUUUAAAUGACCUCAGUUUCAUUCAGAUUUACUAUUUGUGAAUAGAUAACCAAAUAUUAAUAAUCCAAAAGGUCGUUCUUUAAUUGAUAAUACUAGUUAUUAUCUUCUGCCUGAAGGAGCCUGUCGGGUACAAAGCUUUGAUUGGGGUGACAAACAAAGGAAAUGGGAUCUCUUCUUUGUAUUUUACAGCCUUAUAAACACAGUACUUUUAUUGCACACUGACUUUGUAUAAAUAGGCGACAGGAACCAUUGUGACUCAUCUGGGAUAAGUGUGGGAAAUAAUUAGCUAUUUUUGAAGAAGAUAUCCUUGGAGCAGCAUUCUGGUUUUGAAGGUACUUCAAACUUAAGUGACUUAAGUGGUACAAAAACAUUGGUACGUGCAGCGGCCUGCGGCAGCAAGUUCAAAGGUUGCUAUAACAACAACCUCAUGUAUUUAGUGUUGAAACAGGCUAUUAUUCACCUCCAUCGUGAUUGCUUCCAUCAUCGUUGUGUUGCCUCUUAUCAACUACACAACGCGUGGAAUCAUGUUUUCUUACAUUCAAACUGCACAUCAGGUUGAAGUUAUGAAGUAUACUGAAUGCACAUUAAUGUUGAUAGAUUUCUCUUGGUAUUUUUGUAUUGUUUAAAAGGUAAAUGUUGAAUGCUAGUUCUGCAUGCCUCCAUACCUCUUCAUUCAACUCCAUCUCUCCCUGCUUUCAGUCGGGAUGAUUCAGACUCAAUACAUUAUUGGCACAAUAAAGAAUUAUUUAUAUUUUCAAUACAGAUUGUUAUGAAGGCUGGCUUAUGUUUUAAAGUCCAUAAAACCUUUUAAACUUUAAACUAAAUGUUUGGUGGUUUAAAAAAUGCAAUAAAUCCAUCAACCCUCACAAAUAUA